AUGGGACCUGGGACUCAUUUGGAGAAACGUUUAGCCCGCGGUGACCCAGGCAUCAAUAGGUUAGACAAGAUUGCUAAAGCCCAUGACAUUGACUAUGCUAGAGCCAAAAACUUGAAGGACAAAUGGAUGGCAGAUCGUAAGAUGAUUGCCAAAAUCGAUAAACUGCCAGGUCAGAAAAGUCUAACGGAACAUAUUGUCAAAAAUAUCAUGAAAGCUAAACUCAAGUUGGGCAUGUAAUCAUGUUGUUGUUAUCCUUAUGAAUAAAAGAGAUUGUUUAUGCCAAAUUCUACUCAGUGUGGUGUUGUAGUUUUAUUCCUCCGACAAACACAAAAACAUUCUGCAACAAUGUUUCUUUUUCAUACAUUCUCGAUGUCAUGCACUAUUCCCUAUUGGAUUUUCAUUUUACCAGUGCCUAUACGCAUCGAGUGUUUAGUCAUGUAUUAAAAAGCAAGCGUCUCACUCGUUGUUGACAAACGGAUGAAGCUAUUGGCCCGUAUCAUGUCAAGUCGCAAGGAAAACUACAAAUACCAAGCUCUAGCAAGAAACGAAGCAAGAUUCCGCCUAAAGGAGAAUCUUCUUGAACAAAUGCUAUUGUCAGUGGAUGAUUUGGACGAUUUUCACGAAUCUUUCAUGAUCAAACUUGAACGUGACAAUUUUAACAAUAUAUUAUCUCCAUCCGAUGUACAAGAAAUCAAACAAGCCAUAGAACACAGAAAACAACAAUGGAACCAGUUGGAAAAAGUCUUUUAUGACCACUUACAAACCAUUCCACCUGAAAGUAUGAAUUACAUUCCUUUUCAAGAGGUAUAUAAUCAUGUUCGAUCCAGAAAAAAACGUCAGAUCAACCAAGUGAUUCAAAAAUACAACGAAACUCAUUUUCGAGAAUUAAUUGAUCAAUUGUGGACCAAAGCGUGGAGUCAAGUCCCAAAGGUUCAAUAACCACCGCAAACAACAAAAAAAGUUGCUGAUGAGACAACGUGGAGGAACAGCAUCAUGGAAAGUAUUGCAAGAUGUUUGUCACUACCUUUACCGAUAAGAAGAUGUCGCAAAUGCAAAGAAUAUAAAACAACUAUGGCUAAUCUACUUCAAAUCAUACAAAAACAAAACCAACAACUGCAAAACCUACAACGGCAACUGGAUUUCACAAAGGCGCAAUAUCUCAAACAAAAUCAACGAUUAUCUCGUACUCAAGAAAAAUUCCUCUGCAAUGCUUGUCUCGUUAAGUUCAAACAGCCAAACCAAGGUUUUGAACUUUGCUCAUCAUGUUCUACAAGAGUACCAAACUGAACUCAGUCCUCACGAUUGCAGCAGAAGAAAUUGGGUAACUUGA